AUGCCAUCCCCAUCCCCUCCACCGCCAUUCCAUCUUCUCCGCUCACAUCACGCCCCGCUUUCCUCCGUCCAUUUCAAUCCCUCCAACACUCUACUCUAUUCAGGCGAUCAAGAUGGUUUCAUCUCAAUAUUAGAUCUCAGAGUGAGGAGAGUCAUAGCUUAUUGGAAGGCUCAUCAAGGUGGUAUACUGGGAUUGGAAGAAUGGCAAGGUGGUUUGAUCAGUCAUGGAAGAGAUAACGUCAUUCAUUUCUAUGAACCCGUCAAAAAACCGUAUAUCCCCAUGACGGGAGGAGGAGGGACGACGAAACCCCUUGAGACCGUAAAGAGUCUUCCAACAAAUACUUUGAAUUUCUGCAGAUUCUCAUUGACAUCGUUACCUGCUCCAUCAUCCUCGCCCGAUGAGGAUCAGGAAGAUAACAAAAGCAAAGGAAAGGAGAAGGAAAAAGAAGCAUUAUUAGCUGUGCCCAGUCUGAUGGAUUCUGAAUUAGUCGACAUAUAUCAUCUACCUUCGUUAAGACGUAUACACGCUUCCGUCAAUCUCUUACCUAAACCUCCUUCUCCCCCCUCCAACUCAGGCAUUCCAGACAGUACGAGAUCAGGUCUCGCAAUGUCAUUACAUGUACGCUAUCUCCAUUCAACCUCUCAGGUCUCCUUGAGUAUAGGAUACGAAGACGGACGAGUCGAACUAUUCAUCUGUGCAUUACAAUCCAUUUCACAACAAUACGACCCUAGAUUAUCCAAAAUUCCUAAUCCGUGGAAAUUGAUGUGGAAAGGAAAAGGUCAUAAUGAAGCUAUCAUGGGGAUGGACGUCGACACACAAGGAAAGUUCGGUUGGACCGUUUCUGCAGAUCACAGAUUAGUAAGAUACGAUUUUGAUAGAGUAAUACGACAACGAAUCAAGGUGGAUGAUGAUAGUAUAAUGAAAGAUCACGCUACGAAACAAGUUGGGAAUUCUGCAGUGGCUGUUAAUGCUGAUGGGAAAUUAGUAGCUGUAGGAGGAUGGGAUGGGAAAAUCCGCUUGUUCUCGGCAGAAUCUUUCAAACCAUUAGGAACACUAUCGUCCCACCGAGAGACAAUACAUACGUUGUCAUUUGCGAAUCUACCCGUGCAGUCGAACGUACCCGAUAUAGAAGAGGCUUCUACCCUUGAUAUCGGUAUAGAAGAUGAUAGCGAGGAAGAAGACGAGCGGAUAGACAUGGAUGGUAUUCCACCGAAAGAAAGGUGGUUGGCCAGUGGAGGGAAAGAUACGAAAGUAGCUUUGUGGGGAUUAAUGGAUUUUGCAAGAGGCAAAUGA